GUUAUUACCAAUAACUUUUUUUUUCUUCUCGUUUUGCGUUUCCUCAUCUUUGACUCUCUCUGGACUUUUAUUUACAACACAGACUCCUUAAUUCCUCCGUUUCUCUCUCCCGCCGUCUGGUUCUCCCUGGCUGACACUUCCGGUUCCGGUCUCCACACUGCGGCGAAACCGUUUAUUCUCUCCGGGGAGCUGGUCUUUGCUGACUCCAAGGCAGCUAUUCUUGUUGUACAUAGUCUGCACCGAGGGGAUUGUGGGGUUUGGACUGGGGCAAUCAGUGUUUGACUUCCAAUUUUGGACGGAGAGGAUCUAGGGCUUCUGAUUUUGCGGGACGUGGCAGAUCUGCUGGACUUUUGUCGUUGUUGUGGGGGCGGUGGCGGUGAUGUGAGAGUGGUGGUGGAUGGUGGCGCACGGAGUAGGAGGUUGUGUGGCGUUAUAUGAUGAACGGAGCUCCGAAGAGGGAUCGUAGAGGGUGGUGGCGUUUUGGUAAAUCUUUCACAUGGAAUGGCAGAUCUUGUUAGCUACGGGAAUGCCAACCGUGACAUCGAGCAGGCAUUAAUUGCUCUAAAGAAGGGUGCUCAACUUCUGAAAUAUGGUCGUAAAGGGAAACCCAAGUUUUGUCCAUUUAGACUCUCUUAUGAUGAAACAUCUUUGAUUUGGAUUUCAAGUAGUGGCGAAAGAAGUUUGAAGUUAGCUUCUGUCUCAAAAAUUAUUCCUGGGCAAAGAACUGCGGUUUUCCAACGGUAUCUUCGUCCUGAAAAGGAUUAUUUGUCAUUCUCGCUUAUAUACAACAACGGAAAACGGUCCCUUGAUUUGAUUUGCAAGGACAAAGUUGAGGCAGAAGUGUGGAUUGCCGGCCUGAAGGCUUUAAUAUCCUCUGGUCAGGAUGGACGAUCCAAAAUUGAUGGAUGGAAUGAUGGAGGCCUUUACCUUGAUGAUAGCAGAGAUUUGACUUCAAAUAGUGCAAGCGACAGUUCCGUUAGUCUUACACGUGAUUUUAGCUCUCCAGAGGUUUCGGUUAGUUUUUACCCAAAUACUUCUCCCAAGAGUUUCCUGCCUGAGAAUUCUGCUUAUUUUGAACGGUCACAUGUAGCAUCAGACAAUACAAACAUGCAAGUUAAAGGAACUGGUUCAGAUGCAUUUCGAGUUAGCGUUUCUAGUGCACCCAGCACUUCUAGUCAUGGCUCCGUGCCAGACGAUUGUGAUGCUUUGGGUGAUGUGUAUAUAUGGGGAGAGGUUAUAUGUGACAGUGUUGUAAAAGUUGGGGCUGAUAAGAAUGCUAGUUAUUUGAGCACAAAAGCUGAUGUGCUUGUUCCCAGGCCAUUAGAAUCCAAUGUAGUUUUGGAUGUACAUCAUAUUUCCUGUGGUGUGAAGCAUGUUGCCCUAGUCACAAGGCAAGGUGAACUCUUUACAUGGGGUGAAGAAUCAGGUGGACGGCUUGGCCAUGGUGUUGGGAAGGAUGUCAUUCAACCCCACCUUGUUGAAGCUUUGGCAAUUACUAGUGUUGACUUUGUAGCAUGUGGAGAGUUCCAUACAUGUGCUGUUACUAUGGCUGGGGAACUAUAUACAUGGGGUGAUGGCACGCAUAAUGCUGGGCUUCUUGGUCAUGGUACUGAUAUUAGUCACUGGAUACCCAAGAGAAUCUUGGGUCCUCUUGAGGGACUGCAAAUUGCUUCAGUAACUUGUGGUCCGUGGCAUACAGCCUUGGUAACAUCAACAGGACAGCUUUUCACAUUUGGUGAUGGAACAUUUGGUGUCUUGGGCCAUGGCGACAGAGAAAAUGUGUCGUAUCCAAGAGAAGUAGAGUCCCUUUCUGGGUUGAGAACAAUUGCUGUUGCAUGUGGAGUCUGGCAUACUGCUGCUGUGGUUGAGGUUAUUGUUACACAGUCCAGUGCCAGUGUCUCAUCUGGAAAACUGUUUACUUGGGGUGAUGGAGAUAAAAAUCGUCUUGGACAUGGAGACAAGGAACCUCGACUGAAACCUACAUGUGUGCCAGCACUAAUUGACUACAACUUUUAUAAAGUAGCUUGUGGUCAUAGCUUAACUGUUGGGUUGACCACAUCAGGACAGGUAUUUACAAUGGGGAGUACUGUUUAUGGUCAACUUGGGAACCCCCAUGCUGAUGGAAAGCUCCCAUGCUUGGUUGAAGAUAGGCUUGCUGGGGAAUCUGUUGAAGAAAUUGCUUGUGGUGCAUAUCAUGUUGCAGUUUUAACAUCCAGGAAUGAAGUUUAUAUGUGGGGAAAGGGUGCUAACGGGAGAUUAGGCCAUGGAGAUAUUGAGGAUCGCAAGUCACCUACUCUUCUUGAGGCUUUGAAGGAUAGACAUGUGAAAUAUAUUGCUUGUGGUUCAAAUUACUCUGCAGCCAUAUGUAUACAUAAAUGGGUAUCUGGUGCUGAGCAGUCACAGUGCUCGGCAUGUAGACAGGUUUUUGGGUUUACUCGAAAGAGACACAACUGCUAUAAUUGUGGUCUUGUGCACUGCCAUUCAUGCAGUUCCAGGAAGGCCACAAGAGCAGCAUUAGCGCCUAAUCCUGGAAAACCAUAUCGUGUUUGUGAUUCCUGUUUUACCAAACUGAACAAAGUGUCAGAAGCUAGUGUAAAUAAUAGGAGGAGCAUUUUACCUCGGCUUUCAGGUGAAAACAAGGAUAGGUUGGACAAGGCUGAGCUAAGAUUGUCCAAGUCAGGAAUCCCAUCUAAUUUGGAUUUGAUAAAGCAGUUAGAUAGCAAAGCAGCCAAACAAGGAAAGAAAGCUGAUACAUUCUCUUUAGUCUGCUCAUCUCAAGCACCUUCUUUGCUGCAGUUGAAAGAUGUUGUUUUGUCUAGUGCAGUUGAUUUACGGCGAACAGUUCCCAAGCCAAUUCUUGCACCAUCAGGAGUAAGUUCCAGGUCAGUGUCACCUUUCUCAAGGAGACCUAGUCCCCCACGAUCUGCUACACCUGUUCCCACAACAUCAGGACUUUCUUUUUCUAAAAGCAUUGCUGAUAGUUUGAAGAAAACAAAUGAACUUAUGAAUCAGGAGGUGCUAAAGUUGCGUGCACAGGUUGAGAGCCUGAGACAGAGAUGUGACCUUCAAGAAGUAGAGCUUCAGAAAUCUGCAAAGAAAGCUCAAGAAGCUAUGGCUUUGGCUGCCGAGGAAUCAGCUAAAUCUAAAUCUGCAAAAGAAGUCAUAAAGUCCCUUACUGCACAGCUUAAGGAUAUGGCUGAGAGGAUGCCACCUGGGGUUUAUGAUACCGAGAGUGUAAAGCUAGCUUACCUACCCAAUGGAUUAGAGUCAAAUGGUGUUCAUUAUGCUGAUGCAAACAGGGAGCGUCAUUCAAGAUCUGAUUCAGUCAGCAGUUCUUUCCUGGCUUCCCCUACAGAAACCAACAAUGCUACCACAAAUGGAACUCAAGUUCCUACUCAAUUGUCAAUUGAUCCACCUAUAGCCCAUCGAGGAGAUGAUCAUCGAGAUUUCAGACUGCCCAAUGGUAGUGGUGGUGUUCUGGUGAGUAGCCAUAGUGGGACAGUGUCUGUUGAUGGCAAGGAAUCUGGAGCUUUCCAAGAUAACGAGAAUGGCUUGAAAUCUAAGAGUUCUGCAGUGUCUACUAAUGGAAAUCAAGUUGAGGCUGAGUGGAUUGAGCAGUAUGAACCUGGCGUCUAUAUAACUCUUGUUGCCUUACAUGAUGGAACUAGAGAUCUCAAACGUGUUCGCUUCAGCCGAAGAAGAUUUGGAGAGCACCAAGCAGAGACUUGGUGGUCAGAGAACCGCGAAAAAGUGUAUGAAAGGUACAAUGUUCGUGGUUCAGACAAAUCUUCAGUUUCUGGCCAGACUGCACGCAGAUCAGAUGGAAACUUCUCACCCACUUCCCAGGCUUAACGACAUAGAUGGUGAAGUUAACAUGUUGAAACAGAUUUUUUCAGCAGCCUUUGUGAAGCUUUGAAGUCGAAGAAAGAUUAAUCAGGCUGUUACCUUCUUUUGACGCUUUUGUGACAUCCUCUUCCCUUCCCUCUUCUUUUUUUAAUUCUUAAUUUAUAGCUUCUUCUUCCAUUUAAUUUAUGGGCCAUGCUGAUUUACAUAUUUGCUGUUGUAUUUUAGUGUAUAUAAAAACAUUAGUUAUGGCAGAACAGAGUUUAUGAUCAUAGAAUUUUUGUUCUUUAA